AUGUCGGCAACCAUGGAACAGCAACGCCACCAGAAAACGCCCCAACAAGAGGACGAAGCCGAAGAGAUGCAACAUGGCCCUUUACCCGUCGAGCAACUUCAGGCAUCAGGCAUUGCCGCCACGGACGUUAAGAAGCUUAAAGACGCGGGCAUUUGCACCGUUGAAUCAGUUGCUUACACGCCUAGGAAAGACCUUUUGCAAAUCAGAGGUAUCAGUGAAGCUAAAGUCGACAAGAUCAUUGAAGCAGCUUCUAAGCUGGUGCCUAUGGGGUUUACCAGUGCUAGUGAACUCCAUGCCCAGCGUGAUGCAAUCAUUCAGAUAACCACGGGAUCGAGAGAGCUUGACAAGAUAUUGGAAGGUGGAAUUGAGACUGGUUCUAUCACUGAGUUAUAUGGUGAAUUUCGAUCUGGGAAGACUCAGUUGUGUCACACUCUCUGUGUCACUUGCCAAUUGCCACUAGACCAAGGAGGGGGAGAGGGUAAAGCUAUGUACAUAGAUGCAGAGGGCACAUUUAGGCCUCAGCGACUCUUACAGAUAGCUGAUAGGUUUGGAUUGAAUGGUGCUGAUGUAUUGGAAAAUGUUGCUUAUGCCAGAGCAUACAAUACUGAUCAUCAAUCACGGCUUCUGCUUGAAGCAGCUUCAAUGAUGGUGGAAACAAGGUUUGCUGUAAUGAUAGUAGAUAGUGCUACUGCCCUCUAUAGAACUGAUUUCUCUGGAAGGGGGGAGCUUUCAGCCCGACAAAUGCAUCUAGCAAAGUUCCUGAGGAGCCUUCAGAAACUGGCAGACGAGUUUGGUGUGGCUAUUGUCAUAACUAACCAAGUAGUUUCACAAGUAGACGGUUCAGCAGUCUUUGCUGGACCUCAAAUCAAGCCUAUUGGAGGCAACAUUAUGGCUCAUGCAACAACAACUAGGUUAGCUCUCAGGAAAGGGAGAGGAGAAGAGCGAAUCUGUAAAGUGAUAAGCUCUCCCUGCUUGGCUGAAGCUGAAGCGAGGUUUCAGAUUUGUGCUGAAGGGGUUUCAGAUGUUAAAGACUAG